AUGAAAAGUUUAUCAAAUAAUAUCAUCAAAAGCAUUAAAGGAAAAGAAAAAAUUGCAUAUGAAAGCUUUUUUUACAAUUUUAAGGAACAUUUUGUUGGUAAAUUGGUCUGGAGAUGCAGUAAGAGAGGAUGUCCUUUAUUAUUAAAAACUACAACAGAUUGUCUUUUACUAGAAUUUUCAGAGCAUAAUCAUUGCAGCGAUGAUAUUAAAUUUAGCAAAGUACUCUUUGCUAGUAAAUUAAAACAGAGAAUCCUAGACUCCUUUGAAACAUCAAGAGUUGCAAUCUCCAAUGUAAUGUCUGAAUUUAACUACUCAAUCAUUAUAGAUUAUAAGAUGAUGAACAGUUUUGUCACAAGGGCUAGAGAGACCAACAAUUUCACAAUUGUUAAGGAAUAUGAUAUCCCAUACAAAUUGACAAAAACAACCAGAGGGAACAAGUUUUGUUUUACGAUUCUGAAAUACAUGAUGAGAACAGAAUUGUUGUAUUUACAACCGAUUAAAAUAUUUUGCAUCUUAUCAAUUGCAAAAUAA